AAACGCUGCUCUGAAUGUGCAUAUCUGUAAAAUAUUUAAUUCGAUCUUGUUGUGUGAUACUUGUCAUCUUCUCAGAUUUAAAUUGUUUGCUUGGCUUCUCUAAGAUUCGUUUUGUUCGAGAGCUAGAACCGCUAAAUAGACGCGUACGGGUCGAACACUGUCACCUUCAUGUACAAUAAUUAGCUCAGUUAAAAUAAUGAUGGAGUUCUAACUCUGUCAUUUAUAGUUGCUAAGGUGUUAACAUUAGUGGUAAAUGAGUUCAAUUGAAAAUUCCAAAUAUCAGGAAGUGACCUCUUUCGAAUUGGGCGAAGGGAAAGCGGUUGUAAUGGAGCCUGUAAAAAAGUACCCCCAAUUGCUGGCAGCCGUUCUGGUUAACUUAUCCAGCUUCGCCAUCGGAACAGCCUUAGGAUGGACUUCCCCAGUUGGACCGAAGUUAUCAGACCCGGAUAUGAAGGAUACACCCUUGAGCUUUGUUCUUGCCUCCAGUUCUGAUGACUUUGCAUGGAUUUCAUCCUUGAUUGCCAUCGGAGCUUUGAUUGCCCCUUUCGCAGCCGGAAUUUUAGCUGACAAAAUUGGACGGAAAUGGACCUUAUUAUCCAGCACGGUAUUCUUCGUAGUAGCCUACAUUAUGCUACUAUUCGCAAGCGAGGUUUCGGUGAUGUUUGUAGCGCGAUUGCUUCAGGGUUUCGGCACAGGAUUUGUGAUGACUGCACAACCCAUGUAUAUCGGUGAAAUUGCUACAGAUGAUAUGCGAGGUCCAUUGGGUGCUUUUAUGCAACUGUUUAUCGUUGCUGGAAUCCUUUACGUUUACGCAAUUGGGCCAUAUGUAUCCUACAUCACUCUUCAAAUCGCAUGUCUUGUUAUCCCAAUUUUGUUUGCUGCCACAUUCUUUUUCAUGCCGGAGAGCCCAUUCUACUUCAUCGCUAAAGGAAAGAAAAAGGAAGCGCUGCACGCUCUACAGUUCUUGAGAGGGCAGUCAUCAGACAGUGUCCAAGAUGAGUUUACCUCCAUUCAAAAUUCCGUCGAAGAGGCCAUGCAGAACAAAGGGUCAAUAAUGGACAUCAUCAAGAAUAAAGGAAACUUGAAGGCGCUCAUCAUUUGCUGUGGCUUACUCAGUUUCCAGCAGUUGUCUGGCAUCAACGUUGUGCUUUUCAAUAGCCAGACAAUUUUUGAUAAUGCCAACUCCGGCCUUGAUCCUGCAGUAGCAACGAUUUUAGUAGGAAUCGUCCAAGUCAUUGCUAGCGGAUGCACUCCUCUGAUAGCAACUCGCCUGGGACGAAAGACGAUUCUGAUGAUUUCGGCAGCUGUGAUGUGUGUCGGACUGGCGUUGCUCGGACUCUACUUCUAUUUGGAUGCCUCCGGGUCGGACACCAAAUCCAUAUCAUGGCUUCCAGUUCUGUCCCUAAUCGUUUACGUUACAGUUUACUGCAUUGGAUUCGGACCGUUGCCUUGGGCUGUACUCGGUGAAAUGUUCGCCCCCAAUGUAAAGUCAAUUGCAUCUUCGAUUGUUGCGUCUGAUUGCUGGAUCCUCGGAUUUCUGGUGACGCGCUUUUACCCCGCCUUAGAAGCUGUUGGAACCUAUUUCGCGUUUUGGCUUUUCGCAGCCUUUUGUGCUUGCGCAUUUGCAUUCGUCCUGCUUGUGGUCAUGGAAACGAAGGGAUUAAGCCUUAAACAAAUUCAAGAUAGACUGAAUGGUAGAUAGUAUGACUGCUUUUAUUAUUAAUUAAGUUAUUGUUUGUAUUAUCAUGAAACUGUAGAAAAUAAAUGUAGAAAAUGUUCUUUUUAAAA